AUGGCGCCUGCAAGCUCUGCAACCGACGAUAACGCGACGCAUCGGCGGCUCGCUGCUGACGAUCAGCCUGCGAUCCCCGGCACCGUCCACCUCGUCGACCUGGACGGCACCGUGCGCGCAAAGCACGCUGCCGGCGCCCAGGCCCACGACAUCGUGCUCGUCCCGGCGCCCUCGGAUGACCCCGACGACCCACUCAACUGGAGCUCGCGUCGGAAGGCUCUCAGCUCGACGUGCAUGUGUGUGUACACGCUCGUCGUGGGCAUCGCCUCGGCCGCCAUCUACUCGGUGCUCGAGCCCAUCAGCGAGGCCACGACCCUGACCCUGAACGACCUCAAUGCCGGCACCGGCUACCUUUUCUUGCUGGCCGGCUGGGGCUGUCUGUUCUGGCAGCCCCUGGCCCUGCAGUAUGGCAAGAGGCCUGUCUACCUGGUCAGCUGUCUCGGCACCAUGGCCAUGUGCCUGUGGGGUCCAUACACCACUUCCAAUGGCCAGUGGACCGCCAGCAAGAUCCUCCAGGGCUUUUUCAGCGCCCCCAUAGAGAGCCUGUGUGAGAUUUCCGUGACGGACAUCUACUUCACGCACGACAGAGGAAGGUAUCUGGGUCUCUACGCCCUCCUCCUCGCCGGGAGCAACUUCUUCGCCCCCAUCAUUGCCGGCUUCAUCAACGAUGGCCAGGGCUGGAAGUGGGUGCUGUACUGGUGCGCCAUCUUCUGCUUCGGCGGAUUCGUCUUCCUGUUCUUCUUCAUGGAAGAGACAAACUACGUCCGCCACACGCCCGGCACGCCAAUCGCUCCGACGCCCGACGCUUCGGAGACGAGCGAGAAAGCACGCCCAAAGGCGGACAACAAAGCCUCGCCGUCCAGCAGCACCCGCGCCGACGCCAGCGCGCUCGAAGCCCACCCGGCCGUGGAUGCGAACAAGCCGCGCAAGACCUACGUCGACAAGCUGAAGCUCUUCCAGCCGGCCGACCUGCACAAGCGCAACGAGCUCAAGGGCAUGGUCUACCGCCCGCUUGCCUUCUUGACCUUCCCGGUCAUCUUCUACGCCGGCUUCAGCUACGGGGCGAACCUGGUGUGGUUCAACGUGCUCAACGCGACGGCAUCUCUGAUCCUAGGCGGGACUUACGGCUUCUCGGCCUCCAUGGUCGGGCUGUCGUACGUCAGCCCGCUCGUGGGCGUGGCCAUCGCGAGCUGGUACACGGGCGUGCUGGGCGACGGCUUCGUGCUGCGCCAGGCGCGGCGCAACGGCGGGGUGCUCGAGGCCGAGCACCGGCUGUGGCUCUUCGCGCCGAGCCUGCUCCUGAUCCCCGGCGGCCUGGUGCUCUGGGGCGUCGGGGCCAGCGAGGGCGUGCACUGGUUCGGCUGCGUCUUCGCCGCCGGCGUCAUCGCGCUGACGAACACGAUCGGGCUGCAGCUCAGCGUCGCGUACUGCAUCGACUCGUACCGCGCGCUGAGCGGCGAGGCCGUCGUGACGGUCAUCUUGGUCAGGAACACGAUGAGCUUCGCCAUCGGGUACGGCAUCACGCCGUGGGUGCAGGGCAUGGGCCUGCGCAAUUGCUUCAUCACGGCCGCUUGCAUCGGCCUGGCCCAGUGCGCAACCUUCUUGGUGAUGGUCAAGUGGGGCAAGGACUUGCGGCGGAAGAGCGUGAAGAGGUAUGCGAGGUACGUCGACGAGAUGGCGAGGAGCGGCAUGAUCCACUGA